AUUAGUUGGCAUGUUAGUGUUUAUCGAAAUGUCGUCUAGUUUACUACCGUUAUUAACAGCUGUGAUUCUUUGCGCUUUGGGCUCUGCUGCUGCCAACACAGUCGAUUGGUGGGAGUCCGCUACGCUCUAUCAGAUAUAUCCGCGCUCUUUUAUGGACAGUAAUGGAGAUGGUAUCGGCGAUUUGAAUGGCAUCACCUCACGGCUGGCGUAUCUUAAGGAAAUCGGCGUGACAGCGACAUGGAUUUCGCCCAUUUUUGAUUCACCAAUGGCUGAUAAUGGUUAUGACGUCGCGAACUUUACGAAGAUUUAUCCGGUUUUCGGCACGAUGGAGGAUUUUGACAACAUGUUGGUUAAGGCGCAUGAAUUGGGAUUGAAAAUAAUUUUAGACUUUGUGCCCAAUCAUUCGAGCGAUGAGUGUGAGUGGUUUCAGAAGUCGAUACGUCGCGAAGAUGGCUACGAUGAUUUCUAUGUGUGGAAUGAUGGAAAAAUCGAUCCAGAGACCGGCGAGCAUUUACUACCAAACAAUUGGAACUCGGUUUUUGAUGGCCCUGCAUGGACCUGGGUUGAAGAGCGUCAACAGUACUAUUUGCACCAGUUUCUCGCCAAGCAACCGGAUUUGAACUACACUAACCCCUUGGUGCGUAAGCGUAUGAAGGAAAUGAUGGGAUUUUGGCUCGACCGUGGCGUCGACGGCUUUCGCAUAGACGCCACGCCCUUUUUAAUUGAAAAACGCUUCGAAAAUGGCACAUAUCCAGAUGAGCCACUCAGCGGCAUAACUAAUGACUCAACCAGCUAUGAUUAUUACAGCCACAUUUACACAAAGGAUCAAUAUGAGAAUAACGAAAUCAUAUACGAAUGGCGCGAAUAUCUGGAAGAAUAUCAGAGACUUAAUGGCGGUGAUACGAGAGCCAUGAUUAUCGAGGCAUAUUCCCCUGUCGAUGUUUUGAGUGGUUAUAUCUCGAAUGGCACCCAUGUCGGUGGUCAGAUGCCAAUGAAUUUCAAUUUCGUUAACCUUAACGAAAACUCCACGGCUUUGGAGAUUGAAACAUUUGCCAAUGCUUGGAUGGAUGUUAUAUGGACUCAACACAAUAUUGCCAAUUGGGUGGCGAGCAAUCAUGACAACAGUCGCUUAGCAUCACGUAUGGGCCGAAAUAAAGUGGAUAUAAUGACAAUGAUAUUACAUGCAUUGCCCGGCACAUCGGUUACCUAUUACGGCGAAGAGAUUGGCAUGCCUGAUGGAGAGCCCGAAUGCACCGAAAUCUCAUGCGACUUCCGUGAUCCCGAACGUACACCGAUGCAGUGGAACACAUUGAAAAAUGCCGGCUUCAGCGCGGGCAAUUCAACUUGGCUGCCCGUCAAUUCCAACUACAAAUACUUGAAUGUACAAACUCAACGGGGUAUCGCGCGUAGCAGCUUGCAGAUAUUCAAGGGCAUGACAGCGAUUAAGAAAACGGCUGCUUUCAAGGCAUUCAAGGAGGAGGACGGUUUCUCUUAUGGCGCUUUGUCAGCGCAAGUUUUCCAGGUUGUGAGAACCGCGGUCGAUCAUGAAGAAUAUCGUGUGCUGGCUAAUUUAGGCAAACAGAUCGAGCACUUUGAUGGUUUGACUUACAAAACUAUGGAGUAUGUCUUGCUUAAUUCUCAUUCACCACACAGAUAUGGCGACAAGAUUGAUUUGAGUGGAAGAAUAUAUUUGAUGCCGUACGAGGCGGUUGUUCUACGCUGGUCGGGAUGAAAGCUUCGCUUGUGAAAUAAGAAAUAGGAAUUUGUAUAAGAGUAACUGUAAAUAAAUAAAUACUAAGUCGUAUUAACAAAAGUGAUUUGUAUUGUUUAAGAAAAUGCCACUCAAAUGACCUUCAGCCAAAAAACCGCAUAAGCCAUCUACAUUUUAGUUCGAAAUCUCAAACCCGACAAUUGUAGUUGGCAACUCCAAUUACUCUCUUCUUCUUCGUCACUCAUCUCUUUUAUCGACUUCUCUUAAACUCUGAGUUCUCUUGACACUACCAAAUUCUGACUCAUUUCGCAUAUUUAAUAAUAAAGUCUUCCACAAUGGUACCGGCAUUUGCAUAUGGUUUGAACGAGGGCACUGCCAGAAGCUGAUAAUCUGCUGAACUUUUGCGGAGACUGCUACGGCUGAUGGAGCGUACAGGAAACAACCCAUGAAGCCCUACAAGUAGUGAUCGCUUGCGUUAUCAAUGUAUUCACUUGAGAAUAACAAAGCAAUCAACAUGCCGAAACAACAAACGCAGAUAAGCUUGUAAGAACAAAGUCAGAUCGCAUAUUAUUUGUUUAUUUGCCAAUAAGCGAUCAGCGGAGAGUCCAUAAGUUAAGUAAAUGAAAAUGAUUCAGCUAUAAAUAAAAAUAAAAUGAAGAGAGAGAAACUAUAAAUAAAGCGCUCUCAGCCCCUUUAUAACAGAGUGUGAUAUGAGCGCACUGAAGCGUUAAUCGCUCAUCGCUUGCUUCUUCUACUUUAACCAGCCCACCUGAACAUUGAAUUUUGCCGUUGCAUCAGUUCGCUUGGAGUACUCGAUCGUGUAUCAUUUUGGAGAGCGCGGUUCACAAGAGUAUAGAGAAGCUGGUUCACAUUAAAAUAAGUGAAGUUCAUUUUUAAACUGGAAGACAAUCUAUUAACACUAAAGUAGCGACAGAAAGUUUAGUCAAAAUGUCGCUGCGGCGUCUAUUAUUGUUUUUAUUAGUG